AUGGCAAGUUCCUCUGGUUCCUCGCUCUCUAGCUGCCUCAUCACACUCGUCUUCCUUCAGCUGCUGGCGCAAGGAUCAGGUGGGAAUGACGCCAGCAAGUUCCACCUUGCCCCGCUAGGGGGCACAGCCGAGCUGCGCUGCCCUAUCUCCCUCUGGCCAGUCACGGUGCCCACCGAGGUGAGGUGGCUGCGGUCCCCACACCCCCAGCUCUCUCAAGCUGUUCACGUGUUCCGGAAUGGGAAGGACUGGGAUGAUGAUCUGAUGCCGCAAUAUAAGGGGAGGACGGCGCUGGUGACAGACGCUGGAGAAGGAAGUGUCAUUCUGAAGAUCCACGAGGUCCGGCUUGAGGACCGAGGGCAGUACCACUGUCAGAUCCACAUUGGCAACCUGAGUCGAGAGGGCAGCGUGACCCUGGAGAUUGCAGCCCCAUCACCAGGAAAGAUCUCCUCCUCCACAGUGGCUCUUGCUGUGAUUCUGCCUGUCCUGGGGCUUCUCAUCAUAGCAGGCAUUUGCCUCCUCUGGAAGCAAAGAAGAUCAAAAGAGAAGCUUCUUUAUGAACAGGUGAUGGAGGUAGAAAACCUUCUGUCAGAUCAUGCAAAAGAAAAAGGAAGACUCCACAAAACCCUCAAGAAACUCCGGAGUGAACUGAAGUUGAAAAGAGCUGCAGCAGACUCAGGCUGGAGAAGGGCCCGGCUUCACUUCCUGGUUGUGACCCUGGAUCCCGACACAGCGCAUCCCAAACUCAUCCUGUCUGAGGACCUCAAAUGCGUGAGGCUCGGAGACCGAAGGCAGCCUGUGCUGGACAACCCACAGAGAUUCAAUUUCGUCGUCAGCGUCCUGGGCUCCGAGUGCUUCAGGGCCGGCCGCCAUUACUGGGAGGUGUAUGUGGGCGACAAGACCAAGUGGAUCCUUGGGGUGUGUAGUGAGUCGGUGAGCAGGAAGGGGAAGGUCACUGCCUCGCCCUCCAAUGGACACUGGCUUCUGCGGCAGAGUGGUGGGACUCAGUACGAAGCCCUCACGUCCCCGCAGACCUCCUUCCGCCUGAAAGAACCCCCACGGUGUGUAGGGAUUUUCCUGGAUUACGAAGCAGGAGUUAUCUCCUUCUUUAAUGUAACCAACAGAUCCCACAUUUUUACUUUCACACACAAUUUCUCUGGCCCUCUUCGCCCUUUCUUUGAACCUUGCCUUCAUGAUGGAGGGAAAAACAUGGCACCUCUAGUCAUUUGUUCAGAACUCCAGAAAUCUGAGGAGUCAACUGUUCCCGUGCCAGAAGGAAAAGGUCAUGUUAAUGGAGACCUGUCCGUGAUGGUGGACCCUUCCUUACUCCCGCCUCAGGCACCAGAGCUUCUCCCAUUCAGGGACAUGGUGACGUCCUGGCCCUCUGACCUCCGCCCGGCCCUUCAGGGGCUCAAGGCACCUUCCUUUUAG